CUCUCCAGAAAACUUCAAACUUCUUACGACAGAAUAAGUUACACACAAAAAGUGUAUUCAAAUCGUGAGUACACUUUCCCUAUGACUUAGGCGUCGAGUCGAUUGCAUAAUAUUUUUGGUGAGGAAUACAGUGUCUGUUGUUGUGCUCCUCAUCCAGAAGACGUCAAUCCCUUCCCACGACUCGCACCACACGAAAGGAGUAGUGAAGGGAACGGGAGGAGAGAGAGUCAACAAAACUCUGUAAACCAUAAUAAUGCCGCCUUUCCGUAAGCCUACGUUAGUAACGCUUAGAAGGCCUGAUGUGAACCAGCCCUGGGGGUUCAGACUGGCCGGUGGUGUCAAUCAGGGACAACCAUUUCACGUACAGAAAGUCAUACCCGACAGCAUCGCACACAGGCAUGGCCUCCAAGAAGGCGACCUUCUCGUGAGGAUCGGCAACAUUACCCUUAAAGGGCUGACCCAUGAAGAGGUUCAGGAGAUUAUAUUGCGAUGCAUUAGUACUAUUGAUCUCUUUGUGAUCAGGAAGGGUCGACUCGACAGUACACUGCAAUCGUAG